AUGUCACCUCUCACCGUAGUUGUUGGAGAAGCAAGACCGGGCGAAACUGCUCCAAGAAGAAAAGCCAGUCAAAAACAAGCUGCUGUCGAAAAACCAACUGAUAUCAAGGCCACCACCAUUCCAGAACUUGUAAAAGAAUGUGUUGGGAAACAUGGUAAACGUAAUGCAAUGGGAUGGAGAGAUUUGAUUGAUACUCAUAUUGAAACCAAAAAGAUUAAGAAGAUUAUCGAUGGUCAAGAACAGGAAGUUGAUAAGGAUUGGACAUUUUUUGAAUUAUCAAAAUACAAAUACAUCAAUUACCCCGAUUUGUUGACUUUAAUUGAAGAUUACGGUAAAGGGUUGGUUUCCUUGGGGUUAACUCCCGAUCAAACUUCAAAAUUACAUAUUUUUGCCUCUACUUCUCAUAAAUGGUUACAAACUUUUUUGGCCGCUGCUUCUCAAUCAAUCCCAGUAGUUACUGCUUAUGAUACUCUUGGGGAGUCCGGGUUGACUCAUUCUUUGGUUCAAACCGAAUCCGACGCUGUUUUCACCGAUAACGCCUUGUUAUCGCAAUUGAUUAAACCUUUGCGUAAAGCCACUUCGAUCAAGUAUAUCAUUCAUGGUGAACCAAUUGACGAAGCCGAUCAACGUAAUCAAGGUAAAAAUUAUAAAGAAGCUAAAGAAGCCAAGGAAGAGAUUUUGAAAGUUAAUCCAGAUAUCAAGUUUUUCUCCUAUGAUGAUGUCUUGAAAUUGGGUAAAGAAUCCGACUUGAAACCAAGCUCCAAUAUCAAACCGGAAGAUUUGGCUUGUAUCAUGUACACCUCUGGUUCCACCGGUGAUCCAAAAGGGGUUAUCAUUAGUCAUGAAAACAUUUUGGCUGCCGUGGGUGGGGUCUCCACUAACGCUGGGCGUGAUUUGGUUUCAAAUAAUGAUCGUGUGAUUGCAUUUUUACCUUUGGCUCAUAUUUUCGAAUUGGUUUUCGAAUUGACCGCCAUUUGGUGGGGUGGUUGUUUAGGUUACGCCAAUGUUAAAACUUUAACCGAUGUUUCUUGUAAACACUGUCAAUCGGAUUUACAAGAAUUCAAACCAACCAUUAUGGUUGGGGUUGCCGCCGUUUGGGAAUCAGUUAGAAAAGGGGUUUUGGCUAAAAUCAAACAAAUGUCUCCUUUAAUCCAAAAAAUCUUCUGGACCGCUUAUAAAGCCAAAACCACCAUGUCCAAUUAUCAUAUCCCCGGUGCUUCCAUCUUUGACGUUAUCUUUAAAAAAGUUAAAGCAGCCACCGGUGGUGAAUUGAAGUAUGUCUUGAAUGGGGGUUCUCCAAUUUCAAAAGAUGCUCAAAUUUUCAUUUCCACUUUGAUUGCUCCAAUGUUGGUUGGUUAUGGUUUAACCGAAACUUGUGCCAAUACUACCAUUGUUGAACAUAAUCAUUUUGAAUACGGGGUUGCUGGUUCUUUAACCGGGGCCAUUACUGCUAAAUUGGUUGAUGUCGCUGACGCCGGUUAUUUUGCUAAAAAUAAUCAGGGGGAAGUUUUAUUAAAGGGUAAAUGUAUUACUAAAGCUUACUACAAAAAUGAAAAGGAAACUAAAGAAGCCUUUAACGACGAAGGCUGGUUUCAAACUGGUGAUAUCGGUGAAUGGACUUCUAAUGGUGCUCUUAAAAUUAUCGAUCGUAAGAAGAAUUUGGUUAAAACUUUGAAUGGUGAAUACAUUGCUUUGGAAAAAUUAGAAUCUACUUAUAGAUCGAACCCAAUUGUCUUAAACAUCUGUUGUUAUGCCGAUCAAUCAAAAGUUAAACCAGUUGCCAUCAUUUUACCAAAUGAAUCUCAUUUUAAAUCAUUUUUAAUUGAAGAAAAAGUUUACUCAGAAUCAGAAAUUAAAACUAAAGAUUUAUCCUAUUUAUGUGAUGAUAAGAAAGUUAUUAAAGCAGUUACUAAAUCCUUAAUUGCUACCGGUAAAUCACAAGGUUUAAAAGGUAUCGAAUUAAUUCAAUCUGCCAUCAUUUUGGAUGAAGAAUGGACUCCUCAAAAUGGAUUCGUUACUUCUGCUCAAAAAUUACAAAGAAAGAAGAUUUUAAACUCUUGUAAAGAUAAAGUUGAUGCUGCUUAUGCUAAUACUUAA